AGCACGGACCUGGUGCGGCACCAGGCCACGCACACGGGCGAGCGGCCGCACCGCUGCGGCGAGUGCGGCAAGGGCUUCUCGCAGCACUCGAACCUGGUGACGCACCAGCGCAUCCACACGGGCGAGAAGCCCUACGCCUGCUCCUACUGCGCCAAGCGCUUCAGCGAGAGCUCGGCGCUCGUGCAGCACCAGCGCACGCACACGGGCGAGCGGCCCUACGCCUGCGGCGACUGCGGCAAGCGCUUCAGCGUCUCCUCCAACCUGCUGCGCCACCGCCGCACGCACUCGGGCGAGCGGCCCUACGUGUGCGAGGACUGCGGCGAGCGCUUCCGCCACAAGGUGCAGAUCCGCCGCCACGAGCGCCAGCUGCACG